AUGGCAGCGCCAAGACAGCUGAUGAGGAAAGGAGUUGUAGAAAAAGCAUUACAUAAACGGCUAUACAAUGCAGCGUCAAUCAAAUGCAUGCGAGAACGCAUUAGACGUUCAAUUAAUACAGAAGAUGCCAUUUUGGAUAUACCGAAGACUAGGCGCAUUGACAAAUGCCUUCAAAAGUGUACCUCAUCAAGUCGAACUAAUUUUAGAAUCAACUAUAAUCUUGGACUCGUUCAUCAAGCUAUGGGUCUUCAUUGCUCUGCUCUACACUUUCUUAAGGCAGCUUCCGAGCUGAAGAGAGAUGAUGCACAAAUAAUUGGCGCGAUGGCAGGUGAUGAGAUUGAAUAUCUUAUUUCAGUUGUUUUAUCCAACAUGAAUGAUAUAAACAACGCUCGCCGCGCUUAUCAAAAAUUCUCAACUAUGCAAUCUUUGAAUAUCGGCAAAAAAACAGAGAUGUUGCUCGGGAUGCGCUUACACAUUUCAAAACUGUUUCUUCCAUGGCAGGAGGAUGAUCUACUAAGCAAAGCUGAUCAACUUGACGAUGCAUUGCUUUCCUUACCACAAGACGAAGAGGCUUCUUAG